UUCAAAGAAUUAGACACAAAACCUAAGAGAUUAGAAGAAUGUUAGUUCAAAAUUGUUAGGGUUUGGUGAAGCAAUUUGAUUUUCCCUCCAACGCAGGGAGUAAGAAUGCAGAUUGCCGCCAAUCAAUCCAACAUUCUCAACUCCAUCAUCUUCUAUUCAUUUCAAUUCCGCAGAUUCCUGCACUGAAGAUGGACGAAUCCACUCUGAGGCGAAAGGUUCAGAGGAAAUCAAAAAUCAGAGGUUACAGCAUCAAACUAGAUGCUCUUGCAGAAAUUGUUUCCUUUGCCUCUCGUUUCGAUGGCUGCGAAGACGACGCCAUAGAUUUGGUUCUCGACCAUCUUCAUGACGAAUCCUUGCAAUCUUCGAUAAUAGACAAGGAUGCGGUGCAUCGGGUUGUCAGUAUUCUACUUGCAGCUGAUGAAGCGGGGGAAGAAUGUCCCGAUACCAGUACUAGUACAUCGGCUCUUUGCAUCAUAGACGCUUUUGAUAUCUCCAAGUAUCGUUAUGAUCCCAUCAAGAAGAUCUUCUACAUGCACACAGGAAGCCUUCCAAUUCAUGGUGAUGCUUCUGCUAAAGCUGCUUUGUAUCGAGAUAGGUUUCUCCUACUUUCCCAGAGGCUCUCCCGAGAUCAGCAUUUCUCAAAACCCGCUUUUGACAGUGGCAUGUCUCAUUUUGGAAGCUGUGAGAUUUCUCCUAUUCAGUCUCUGGUGGGGCAAACUGGGAGGAAAUGGGUCAUGGGAGUGAUCUCUCAGAUGGAGGAUGGUCACUUUUUCUUGGAGGACCUUACUGCAUCUGUGGAAAUUAAUUUAUCUAGUGCUAAGAUAACUACAGGCCUGUUUACAGAGAACACCAUCGUUGUAGCAGAAGGAGAGAUGCUCGUGGAGGGUAUUUUCAAGGUUAUUACAUGUGGAUUUCCUCCAUUAGAGGACAGGGACAAGUCUCUUAAAUUGCUAGCAGGCCAGGACUUCUUUGGAGGUGGUUCUCUGACUAAAGAGGAGACUCUCAGGCUUGCAGAUCUGGAAAAGAGAGCCGUUAACGAUAUGUUUGUCAUACUCUCUGACAUUUGGUUGGAUAGUGAAGAGGCCAUGGGAAAACUGGAGACAAUUCUUGAUGGGUUUGAGAAUGUGGAAAUUGUUCCUUCCUUGUUUGUUUUGAUGGGGAAUUUUUGUUCCCGUCCAUGUAAUCUUGCCUUCAAUUCUUACUCAAGUCUCAGAUUACAAUUUGGUAAGCUAGGAAAAAUGAUAGCAGCUCGUCCACGGUUAAAAGAGCAUAGCAAGUUUCUUUUUAUUCCUGGUCCAGAUGAUGCAGGACCAUCAACAGUUUUACCCAGGUGUGCUUUGCCCAAGUAUUUAACCGAAGAGCUUCAGAUGCACGUCCCAAAUGCCAUCUUCUCAAGUAACCCUUGCAGGGUUAGGUUCUACACCCAAGAAAUUGUAUUUUUCCGACAGGACCUACUUUACAGAAUGCGUCGUUCCUGUCUCAUACCGCCAUCUACAGAAGAAACAAGUGAUCCUUUUGAACAUCUUGUUGCUACCAUAACUCAUCAAAGUCAUCUCUGCCCUCUUCCUCUGGUUAUUCAACCAAUUAUCUGGAAUUAUGACCACUGUCUUCAUCUUUAUCCUACUCCUCAUGUGAUAGUUCUGGGGGAUAGAAGUAAGCAACAAGCAUUCAAAUACACAGGAAUCACUUGCUUCAAUCCCGGUUCCUUCACCAAUGACAGCACCUUUGUGGCAUAUCGUCCUUGCAAUCAAGAAGUUGAAUUAUCUGCCUUGUAAAUCACUGCAAAGUAUAAGCCAGAUUCAAAGCGGCCACUCCUUUAUUAGGUAUAACAACUCAUCAAAUUUUGAAAGAGAGCUUAUAGCAUCAUUCUUCAUCUUGGGAGUUGCAUUGUGCAAAUCAAGAAUACCACUGGUUAGCUGAUGAUAAGAUCUAAUAGAAACUUGUUUGUAGAAUCAAUAGCCUUUAGAUGUAUAGUUGUAAAUCUGAGAGUAGAUAUUCUUUUCUUCGACUUGUAACGGUGGAUGGCGUGGCGUAAUGAUCAACAACGAACCCAAAAGCUACCAUGAUUGUUGUGUUUACAUUACAUGAAGAAUGAAAAAGGAGAGUUGAGUGAGACAGAAGUUGUAAACAUCCAACUAUUUUUUCGAGUUCGGUUGCUGAACUGUGAAGCAGGUGGUUUAGUUUAGUUUAGUUUAGUUGGUAUCCGUUUUGAGACGACUUGUCAAAUGGUUGAUAGGUCUGGUUGGUUUAGGCAAAUGCCCACACAAUUCUUUCCACGGAGGGAGGGAACUCUAACAACCCUUAUCUUUUUAUUUA